CAGCUCCCGUGACUGGCACCUCGCAAGUAUCGCGGGAACGGGGAACGCUCUCAGCGCUUAGGAAUCACUAUGGUGACGGGAAGGUCGGGAGGCUGCUUGGUAACGGGUCUUAGCUCUGGGAGCGAUCGCCGCCGCUUUCUUUCCGGGAACUCGAGUGGAUACAAUCAAGUGGUUUUUAAACUCUUUCUGGAACUGGAGACAUGAGGCUGAAGAUAUCUCUCUUAAAAGAACCAAAGCAUCAGGAAUUAGUGAGCUGUGUGGGUUGGACAACGGCUGAGGAGCUGUACUCGUGCAGCGAUGACCACCAGAUAGUGAAAUGGAACUUGCUAACCAGUGAGACCAGUCUAAUAGUAAAGCUGCCUGAUGACAUCUACCCCAUAGAUCUUCACUGGUUUCCCAAAAGUUUAGGCGUGAAGAAACAGACGCAGGCAGAAAGCUUUGUCCUCACGAGUUCUGAUGGUAAAUUCCAUCUCAUUUCCAAGUUAGGAAGAGUGGAAAAAAGUGUAGAGGCUCAUUGUGGAGCUGUGCUUGCGGGUAGAUGGAAUUACGAGGGGACCGCAUUAGUUACAGUUGGAGAAGAUGGACAAGUGAAAAUCUGGUCAAAGACAGGGAUGCUUAGGUCAACAUUAGCUCAGCAAGGAAUUCCAGUGUAUUCAGUAGCAUGGGGCCCUGAUUCAGAAAAGGUUCUUUAUACAGCAGGCAAACAGCUCAUCAUUAAACCUCUUCAACCAAAUGCUAAGGUUUUACAGUGGAAAGCCCAUGACGGCAUUAUUUUAAAAGUCGAUUGGAACUCAGUGAAUGAUCUUAUUUUAUCUGCUGGUGAAGACUGUAAGUAUAAGGUUUGGGAUAGUUAUGGCCGUGGGCUGUACAGUUCUCAGCCUCACGAACAUCCUAUCACCUCAGUUGCCUGGGCUCCAGAUGGAGAACUAUUUGCUGUUGGAUCAUUCCAUACCUUACGCUUGUGUGAUAAAACUGGGUGGUCAUAUGCUCUAGAAAAACCCAACACCGGCAGCAUAUUUAACAUCGCGUGGUCUAUUGAUGGCACUCAGAUCUCGGGAGCCUGUGGGAACGGGCAUGUUGUCUUUGCGCAUGUGGUGGAGCAGCGCUGGGAGUGGAAGAAUUUCCAAGUAACGCUGACGAAGAGAAGGACCAUGCAGGUUCGGAAUGUCCUCAAUGAUGCUGUGGAUUUACUGGAAUUCCGAGACAGAGUCAUUAAAGCAUCUUUGAACCACGGACACUUGGUUGUUUCAACGUCUCUUCAGUGCUACGUCUUCUCUACGAAGAACUGGAAUACACCACUUAUAUUUGAUCUCAAGGAAGGAACUGUUAGUUUAAUUCUCCAGGCAGAAAGACAUUUUCUUCUGGUAGAUGGUGGUGGUAUCUAUUUGCAUUCUUAUGAAGGGCGCUUCAUUUCUUCUCCGAAGUUUCCUGGAAUGAGGACAGAUAUUUUGAAUGCACAGACUGUGUCCCUGAGUAAUGAUACUAUAGCAAUAAAAGACAAAGCUGAUGAAAAGAUAAUCUUCCUCUUUGAAGCAUCGACUGGAAAACCUUUAGGGGAUGGGAAACUUCUUUCUCAUAAGAAUGAAAUCUCAGAAAUUGCUCUGGAUCAAAAAGGACUUACCAAUGACAGAAAAAUUGCUUUCAUUGAUAAAAAUAGAGACCUCUACAUCACCUCAGUGAAACGAUUUGGGAAAGAAGAGCAGAUUAUUAAACUUGGAACCAUGGUGCAUACGUUGGCAUGGUGUGAUACAUGCAAUAUCCUCUGUGGAAUUCAAGACACUCGAUUCACAGUGUGGUAUUACCCUAAUACCAUUUAUGUGGACAGAGACAUUUUGCCGAAAACAUUGUAUGAAAGAGAUGCCAGUGAAUACAGUAAAAACCCCCAUAUAGUGAGUUUCGUUGGAAAUCAGGUGACUAUAAGAAGAGCUGAUGGCUCCCUGGUACACAUCAGCAUAUCCCCAUACCCCGCCAUCCUCCAUGAGUAUGUGAGCAGCUCUAAAUGGGAAGAUGCUGUACGGCUCUGCCGCUUUGUUAAGGAGCAAAGCUUGUGGGCUUGCCUGGCGGCUAUGGCGGUUGCUAAUCGAGACAUGGUGACUGCAGAGAUAGCUUAUGCAGCGACUGGUGAGAUUGAUAAAGUUCGAUACAUCAAUGCUAUAAAAGACCUUCCAUCUAAAGAGUCAAAGAUGGCCCACAUAUUAAUGUUUAGUGGGAACAUACAGGAGGCUGAGACACUACUUCUCCAGGCUGGUCUCAUUUACCAAGCAAUCCAGAUCAACAUUAAUCUCUAUAAUUGGGAAAGGGCACUGGAGUUGGCUGUAAAAUACAAAACCCAUGUCGACACAGUUCUUGCUUAUCGUCAAAAAUUUCUGGAGACAUUUGGUAAACAGGAAACUAAUAAACGAUAUUUGCAAUAUGCAGAAGGUCUCCAAAUAGACUGGGAGAAAAUCAAAGCCAAAAUUGAGAUGGAAAUUACUAAAGAGCGUGACCGAUCGACCAGCAGCCAGUCUGUCAAGAACAUGGGCUUAAAGCACUAAAUGCCACACUUACCUCUGAACUAAUUCAGAGGAACCAAAGAUGUGCAUGUUUUGUUUGCUUAAAAAAAAAGGCAUGAUUUUAAGGCUAGUGUUGUCUCUGAAUGGUAGAGUACUUGCCUAGCAUGCAUGAGGCCCUGGGUUUGACCUCCAACACUGUCAAAAGAAAAAGGCAUUAUCUUUAAAAUAAUUGUAUGCACUUUCUGUGUAUUUAAUACUAAAAACACAUUCAGGAAGAUUAAGUACAAAAUAAUUGAUAUAAUUCCAUCACUUAUAUUUUUCUAGUCUAAUAAUUAACAAAGUAUUUGUAUAUACAUAUCUAUACCUGAGUUAUGUUAAUUACAUUCCAGUUUUUUUUAUUUCUUUAACCUGAUUCUUUAGUAAGAAUAGUUAUUGAUGCUUAUAAUAAAGCCUGGAGUUAUUUACAAUGUAUUUUAUUGUUAGUUUCUAUUUGAUCUGUAAAUUGUAAAGUAUCUCCCAUAGUUUAUAAAAUAAAAAUACAGAAGGAUGUGUUUGGGGAAACAUUGCAGACACUUGUAUACCAAAGUUGACAGUGUCAUUCAAAUACAACAGCUGGGAACAGCUCAGAUGUCCAUCUGCUGGCAUUUCAUAAAGCAAUGUGGUAUCCUCGUGCAGCGGAAUUAUUCUCUCCACAUGCUGCAACACAGAUGUGCCUUGGGAAACUUAUUCUAAGUGAAGUGAACAGACCACAGAAGUCAGUCCUGGGAGGUUGCGCUUACAUGAGGCACCUAGAAUAAACAAGCUCUUUCAGGCAGAAAAAAGAGGGAUGAGAAGAUUGCGCCUUUAUUGUGUGAAAUGUGCGGCGUUUCUCUUGGGAGCAAGUUCUCGAGAUGGAUAAUGAUGAUGGUUGCAUAACACUGUGGAUGUUAGUGAACCUCAGCUGUCCUCUUAAAGGGGUUAAAAUGAUAACUUUUAUUUUUUUUUCCAUAUUGAGAAAGAGGUGGGCAAAUUCCCUUUUCUUUAUUCCUCUCUUGACUUGACAGUGCCUGGGCUCUUAAGACCUAGAGUCUGAGUUUUCAAAACUGGCCUCCUCAGUGGGUAAAGCUGUUUGACUGGCCUUAAUCUAAUACACCCCAAAUUACUGUCCACCAAAGCUUUUUAACAGUAACACAGGCAUUCUUCUAGACUGUCCCUGAACCUGUUCUUGGAAUUGGUUUUAUGGAGCUCAUGUACACUCACUGGGAAACAUUGCUUCUUUCCCUUCCAUUGUAAUUUCUCACAUAGGUUUCCUUCCCAAUAUGUUCCUUUUCUUUUAUAAAACGUUGAACUAUUCAAUUCUUGGUCCAGAAUUUGGAUACAAGACUGUGCUCAUUUCAUGAAAUCUGAGGAGUUUACUUAUAUGUUAUACAUGCUUUCUACAUUGUUAAAUUUCAUUAUAAUGUUUAAAAGGAAAAAAUGGUUAAAAGGUUAAAUUUUAUGUUUAGUAUAUUUUACCACAAUAAAAAAGUAAAACAUAA